CAUAAACCCUACUUGUUUCCGCCACUCUUCCGCUAAUUUCUUACUCUUGUUAGCUAAACAUGGGAAGCGACACAGAAGCAGAGAAGUCGAUUCAAAAGGAGAAGAAGAAAGUCAUCUCUCUCGCUCCCAUCGCUAAACCUCUCGCCGGGAAAAAGCUCCAGAAGAGAACAUUCAAACUCAUUCAAAAAGCUGCUGGAAAGAAAUGCUUGAAAAGAGGCGUAAAGGAAGUGGUUAAGAGCAUUAGACGUGGACAGAAAGGGAUAUGUGUGAUUGCUGGAAACAUAUCUCCCAUUGAUGUGAUCACCCAUGUUCCAAUCUUGUGUGAGGAAGCUGGUAUUCCUUACAUCUACGUUCCAUCCAAAGAAGAUCUUGCCCAAGCCGGUGCUACAAAACGACCAACUUGCUGUGUCUUGGUCAUGCUUAAACCUGCAAAAGGUGAGCUAAGUGCAGAAGAUCUCCAAAAGUUGAAGUCAGACUACGAACAAGUCGCUGACGAUGUUAAAGAGCUUUCAUCUUCUGUAAUUUGAUUAGUAACUAGUAUCAAAGAACACUCGAGCAUGUGUGUUUCAGUUGUAGUUUUGUUUCCUUAUGGAUAUGAAAGAGUACUUUUAUAAAAAUCCUUGAACAAUGCCUAUUGCAGCUCCAAAAUAUCCAAAA